CUCUUUGUUGAACUUUGAUCCUCAGAGAGCGAAAACAUCCGAACGGGUUGGUUUUUCUAUAUCUGCUUAGCUCCCUGACAUUUCUGAGGCAUCAGACUAGUUGUUUAACCUCUCUUAUGGGAGGGCAAAGGUGGGGUUUAGUGAAAUAUACAAUCUACGGUCAGAGACUAUUAGUUGUGAGCUUGACAGUCCCGGACAGUGCUUCGGACGUCGAAAAACCUGGAAUCUUCUAAAGACCUGCAUCAAGCAAAUAAAUUUUAAUUCUGAAGAUGAACAGAAAUUUGAGUAAAGAUCUUCCAGACAUAGAGAGCAUCCUGGCCCUGAAUCCCAGAGUGAAGAGCCAUGCUCAGAUCAUUUCCACUGCAAGCAAGAAGAGAGAGAAGAAGCAUUGGAAGAGAAACCUUGAAAGGAACUGUGACUCUUGCAUGAAGUUGGAGAACAACUUUGAUGACAUCAAGCACACAACGCUGAGUGAGAGAGGAGCUCUCCGGGAAGCUCUGCGGUGCCUAAAAUGUGCCGAUGCUCCUUGUCAGAAGAGCUGCCCAACAAAUCUGGACAUCAAGUCAUUUAUUACGAGUAUAUCCAACAAGAACUACUAUGGAGCAGCACGGGCAAUCCUCUCCGAUAACCCUCUGGGUCUGACCUGUGGGAUGGUUUGUCCCACAUCAGAGCUGUGUGUGGGGGGCUGCAACCUGUACGCUUCUGAAGAAGGACCCAUUAACAUCGGAGGAUUGCAGCAGUUUGCUACCGAGGUGUUCAGUAAAAUGGGGAUUCCACAAGUCAGAAAUCCUGAACUCCCACCAGCCAAUGAGAUGCCAGAGUCCUACCAUGUCCCUAUUGCUCUGAUUGGCUGCGGACCAGCAUCACUAAGUUGUGCUUCUUUCCUGGCCCGUCUGGGAUAUGAUAAAAUCACUAUAUUUGAAAAGCAGAAGUACAUCGGAGGACUGAGCUUAUCAGAAAUCCCUCAAUUCAGGCUUCCAUAUGAGGUCGUCCAGUUUGAAAUCGAUUUAAUGAAGGACUUAGGAGUGAAGGUGAUUUGUGAGAAAGGUUUAGGUGUGAAUGGAAUGAGUCUUUCAUCCCUGAAUGAGGAGGGGUUUAAGGCUGUCUUUAUUGGAAUCGGUCUUCCCCAGGCUAACAGGGCUGAGAUUUUCCAGGGUUUAACACUGGAGCAAGGCUUUUACACCUCAAAAGACUUUCUGCCUAUGGUGGCUUCUGCCAGUAAGAAAGGCAUGUGUCAGUGUCGUUCUGCCCUCCCCGAGUUAAAGGGAGUGGUGAUUGUUUUGGGGGCCGGUGACACUGCAUUCGACUGCGCAACAUCAGCUCUCCGCUGCGGGGCCAAGAGGGUCUUCGUCUGCUUCAGAAAAGGAUUCACCAACAUCAGAGCCGUUCCAGAGGAGAUGGAGCUUGCUAAAGAAGAAAAGUGUGAGUUCCUGCCCUUUCUCUCUCCUCGUGAGGUCAUCAUGAAGAACGGGAGGAUUGCCGGGCUGCAGUUCUGUCGUACAGAGCAGACCGAGGAUGGAGAUUGGCUGGAAGAUGAGGAUCAAAUUAUCAGGCUAAAGUCUGAUUACAUCAUUAGUGCCUUUGGGUCCAUGUUGAAUGACCCACAAGUGAUUAAAGCCAUGGCUCCUGUGAAGCUGACCCGCUGGGACACUCCGGAGGUGAACACUGAAACCAUGCAGACCAGCGAACCCUGGGUUUUUGCAGGAGGAGAUGUUGCUGGUUUGGCAAACACAACAGUGGAGUCAGUCAAUGAUGGCAAACAGGCCUCAUGGCACAUUCACAGAUACAUACAGUCUCUGUAUGGACAUACCGUGGACUCUGUCCCAAAGCUACCUUUGUUCUACAGUGCAAUAGAUCAGGUGGACAUCAGUGUGGAGGUUUGUGGUCUAAAGUUUCCCAACCCCUUCGGUCUGGCCUCUGCUCCGCCCACCACCAGCACGGCCAUGAUCAGACGAGCCUUUGAGCAAGGAUGGGGCUUUGCUCUGACCAAAACAUUUGGAUUGGAUAAGGACUUGGUGACCAACGUGUCUCCUCGUAUUGUGCGAGGUACCACCUCUGGUCAUGUGUUUGGACCUGGCAUGGGUUCCUUCCUCAACAUCGAACUCAUCAGUGAGAAAACAGCAGCGUACUGGUGUCAGUCCGUCACUGAGCUGAAGAAGGACUUCCCUGACAAUAUUGUUAUCUCCAGCAUCAUGUGCAGCUACAACAAGGAAGACUGGACAGAGAUAGCCAAGAUGGCUGAGGAGUCUGGAGCAGAUGCAUUGGAGCUUAACUUGUCAUGUCCUCAUGGGAUGGGAGAAAGGGGCAUGGGACUCGCCUGUGGACAGGACCCAGUGUUGGUGCGAAACAUAUGUCGAUGGGUGCGUGCAGCAGUUUCCAUUCCUUUCUUUGCCAAACUUACACCAAAUGUCACCAAUAUUGUUGACAUCGCCGAAGCUGCACACGAAGGUGGAGCAGAUGGAGUGACGGCCACCAACACCGUGUCAGGUUUGAUGGGUCUGAAGGCUGACGGCUCUCCCUGGCCAAGUGUUGGUGCAAACAAACGUACCACAUAUGGAGGAGUGUCUGGUAACGCAAUCAGACCCAUUGCUCUUAAAGCUGUGUCUGCCAUCGCUAAGGCAAUCCCUGGUUUUCCAAUCCUGGCUACCGGGGGGAUUGACUCAGCAGAGAGUGGACUCCAGUUUCUGCACGCUGGAGCCUCUGUAUUACAAGUGUGUAGUGCAAUUCAGAACCAGGACUUCACGCUGAUUGAGGAUUACUGUGUUGGUCUGAAAACCUUGUUGUACCUGAAAAGCCUGGAGCUAAAGGAUUGGGAUGGUCAGUCUCCUCCAACUGAAAAACAUCAGAGAGGAAAACCAGUUCUCAAACUGGGAGACCUGGUUGGUAAGAGUCUGCCUAGCUUUGGUCCAUACCUGCAGCAGAGGACUGAAGCCAUAGCAAAGUAUAAAAAACAACUCAGAGAAGCUGGUGAAAUUGAUGCACCAGAGAUAAACGUCAGCCGUGUCAACCAGCCCCAAAAGCCCGUUCCUGCUGUUAAGGAUGUUAUAGCUAGAGCUCUGCGGUACAUCGGAGCUUAUGGGGAACUGAACAACAUGGAGCAGGUCCAGGCACUAAUAGAUGAAGAUAUGUGCAUCAACUGUGGGAAAUGUUACAUGACCUGCAACGACUCGGGAUACCAGGCUAUAAAGUUUGACCCAGAGACCCACCUUCCAGUUGUGACAGACAGCUGCACAGGCUGCACCCUUUGCCUUAGUGUCUGUCCCAUUAUAGACUGCAUCACGAUGGUCAGCAGGACAACACCCCACGUACCCCAGAGGGGUAUUAGUCCGGUCUACUAGAUGGGUUGUAAAUACAGCCGACCAAUUAAACAUUAAGAUUGGGUGUUUUUAAGUUUUAGCUGGAGAGAACAGCUGAACAAAGCUGCCUCAGUAAAUUCAAGUGGUUCCAAAGUAAUUUUGUUAGACAAAAUAGGUGGAGUGAAGUAAAAUCUUUUUUUAAAUGCAUUGCUAUGAAUUGCUUUUGUCAGUAAUUUCACUAAUUUGAUUUAUGUUUAAUAAACAAAUUUUGUGAUUAUCUGCUCAUCAAGAUAUUAAUUGAAAAUGUUUAAUUGUAUAAUAUACUAUUAAUUAUAGUGUAUAUUCAUUUUGUGAAUAAUCCCCCCUACUGUCCUCAUGGAUUGGAAUAAAAUAUUGUUGCAGCCAACCA